UCGUCCUCCUCCUCGUCCCCUUCCUCGUCCUCCCCAUCCUCGUCGUCCUCCUCCUCGUCCUCGUCCUUAUCCUCGUCCUCGUUCUUGUCCUCCUCGUCCACCUCGUCCUCCUUGUCCUCGUCUUCCUCGACCUCCUUGCCCUCGUCCUCGUCCUCGUCCUCCUCAUCCUCCACCUCCUCCUCGCCCUCUCCUUCCUCGUCCUUCGCCUCGUCAUCCUCCUCGUCCACCUCGUCCUCCUCCUCCUCCUUGUCCUCCUCCUCCUCCUCAUCCUCCUCCUCCUCCUCGUCCUCCUCCUCCUCCUCGUCCUCCUCCUCCUCCUCGUCCUCCUCCUCCUGCUCCUCCUCGUCCUCCUCGUCCUCCUCGUCCUCCACCUCAUCC